UAGGUAGAUGAUAUCACUAGUUGCUCAUGGCAGUUUCAAGCCUAUUUAACUAAAUUAUGUAAAAUGCUUGUUUUUGCUUCAGAUUCAAAAAAUCACUUUUGCAUCUACACUUCGUUAUGCUUCAUGGUAUGUUGAUAUGCCUAAUUUUAUUUUUGUAAUCGAGUAACGAUAAAAUUCUCCACCUGAAAAGUCUGAAUCAAAACAUUUUCACCCAUACAUUCACAACUUACUAACGCAGUGAUAAAAAAAAAACUGAUAAUCUUACGUGAAGCAGCCGCCAUCGACUUGUACGACUUAGAAGAGGAGUACUACACAAGCGCGUUAAAAUAAGUUGGAUAACUAGUUGUUACUGUAAAUAAAGCCUCGUUGUGAGAAAGAACAGAAACAGAAACCGAAACAGAAACAGAAUCCUGUGAAUUUUCUGUCGUUGGCAACAGACAGAAAUGACAAAAAGUUUCAUUAAAGUGUCAUUGGCGCCAUAUUUUUGUUGUCAUCACACUUACUUUCCAUUGUGUUCAUUUGUGUUUUGUAUAUUGGUUGAAAAAAUAAAAGAAAAAUUCCGAAAAAAGUGAAAUUCAAUGCGGAUGACGAGGAAAAGAUCAUCGAUUUCAUCAAAUCAAACGAAAUUUUAUACAAUGUGAGGCACAAAAAAUUUCGCGACACCGAAAGCAAAAAUCGUUUAUGGUUGACAUUAGCAAGUGAUUUGGGCAUGGAAGUUGAAGCGGUGAAAAAGAAAUGGGUAACGAUGCGAGAUUAUUUCGUUCGUACAAAAGAGAAGAAAACAACCCGUUCUGCGGCAUCAACAACAUCAAAACGAGAUGAAUCGCUUUCGUUUUUGCUUCAAACAUCCACUUUAAAGAGAGCAACGAUUUCAUCAUUGCCAUCAAGCAGCACACAAUCCGACACACAAUCACUAGUUGACGAAGAUGUUCUUAUCACCAAGAAAACAGAACCAGUAUCCGAUAAUAUGUCAAACGCUGACGCAACAUCGUUUGCAGGGUCGAACUCAGAAUCUUACCUCAGCCGGGAUGGUUCACCUGCUCCUUUUUCGGAAACACCAGUGUCGAAAAAACGAAAGGCUCUGCAAAUGGAAACGAAUGGAAUUUUGCAUGAAUUUUCGGCCCAACGUCCAAAACCAUCUGAUUUCAUGCCACAAAAACCAGCUGAUGAUAUCCAACAAUUCUUCGAUUUGAUGGCAUCAACAGUUCGCAAGUUUUCGCCGCUGUCAAUUGCUCGACUCAAACUAAAAAUUGCUCAAAUCAUCGGUGAAGAAGAAAUUGCUUAGGCCACAACAAGGCUUAAGACUUAUAAAUGUAAAUCAUAUACAGGUUAAUAAAUGUUUAAGACUUCACUUCUACUAGACUCACCGGAUAGCCAAUUUCUGUUUCUAAAUUGUAUCUUGCGUCUUUAAAAUCAACACUGGAACCAAGGCAAUUCGAUGUUUUGAAUAAAAACUGCGUACCAGACUUUUUUUUGUUGUUUUUAUCAAUUUUAUUUUGAUUUUUCCUCUUAAAUUUUAUUAAAUUUGUAAUUAAUUAAGACAGAAUGAACGUUAAGUUUUACACUGAAGACAAAAUGUAUGUCUCUCUCACACACACACAUGAAAAAAUUUGAAGGAAAUUAUGUUGGCCUUUUCUUUUCAUCAAGGAGGAAGGGGGGAAGAACUCUUAUGGUUUACGAAUAAUUCUUUUUAAAAUUUACUCCCAUGCUAAUUCUGUUUUUUUUGCGUAUUCUGUUUGUGUUGUUAUUUCCAUAAAAUAAUCGAUUUACUUUUGCAAUGUCUAUUUGCUGUAAUUGAUGAUUGAUGUGAUUAAUUGAUUUAGUUUCCCAUUCUGCUGAUAUUUUUCCUAUGUAUAAAAUGAAAAUAGAGUUCAACAUUCGAAACGAAAUUGGGAGUCGUGUGGUAUAUUUCGACCAUCCACACAUUUGUGUGGAAUUCACAAUCGUUACCUCAAUCGCAAUGCAUGUUAGCUAAACGCGUUGAAUAAUCGGCGUGUUCGAUAAGCGCUUGUUCGAAUAGCUUCUCAAUUAGUUUAAAUUGAAUUGUGAGCCUAAUCCCCCGAGGAGUAAUUUAAUGGAAAAUGGUAUGCUCGUUUAAAGGUGCCACAUAAUUUUGGGCAAUGAUAAUAAUGUUGCCGAUUGAUCGAUGAGAUUCGGUUGAAUGUGAAUUAUUGGUUGUAUGGCCAUUUGGAAUAGAGGAGCGCAAAAGUGUUCGUUCGUUUGUUUUUUUUUUUCAUCUAUGAUUUGUGGUGGUGUGUGUUUUCAUUUUCAUCAUUUUCAAAUAUGUUUCGGAAUUUAAUGUAAUUCGGUAUGAGCUAUCGCUUAGAGAUAUAUGAAAAUAGUAUUGAAAUUCUGCAUACACGCACACACAUAUGCGGUGUUGCUCUUUUCAUAUGUUAUGUUUUGAUGGACACAAGUUUUAUAAUAUAUAACAACGGUAUGCACUAAUUUAUGCGUUAUAAAUUAAAUGUUGAUGAUGCUUGUUUGUUUAAUGUCUAAGUAUGGUGUGGGUGUGUGUGUGUGUGUCUCUAUUCGCAAAACCGUGGAUAUUUUUUUGUCUUUUGUUUCUCUUUCUGUUUCAUUUUGAUACUGGGUCAGAACUAACGUGUUGAUUUGCUUCAUUUCGUUGUUGGGAAACAAUAAAACAAAAGUAUGAAACAGAUUGUGUUGUUAUUGUUAUUUGCCAUUACUAUUGGAUUUAUCUUACUGUUAUACAAUUAUUUAAUCAAUUGAAAACAUUCAAGAUUUUACACAAAAAAAAUAGGAGGAAUACAGAUAAUAUUAAAAACAAAGAAUGGUGUUCAUUGCAUUAGAUUUAUGUAAUAUUGUGUUGAUUCAUGUCGAUGGAUUAGAAACCAAAACCAAGUGUUCCAUAUGAGGAUGGGACCCACUAGUAACUAUCAUUAACCUUGACAAAAAUUACAUUAGGCAUAAAGGAUGUGGUUUAUUUUAUUUUAAUUUUUUCUUUCUUCAUUAUAUCGUAUCCAUUAUUGGAAUUUGCGUGCAGAAGAUGAUAAAAAAAUCAAACAAUGGAAGAACGAUAAAUCGAAUAAAAGUUGGGUAUCUUUUCAUUGACCGUGUUUGCUUAUUUGGAUUUUAUUUUUCUAUUUCGAAAAUUCGCUGCGUCCAAAUAUUUGAUUUCUUUUGUUUUUUCAAUAUGUAUAUACGAGAGAUGUGAGAUAGUGAAGAGGAGGAGGAGGAGGAAUUCUUUUUUUUUUCUUUUUUUGAUGUGUUGUCAUUGUGAAUGGUUGGAAUAAUUCCGUUUUCUUUUUGUGUCGGGUAAUAUGCAAUGUAUUUAUCCUUUUAAUAUAGUAAUAUAAUCUAAACUAUUGGAUAAAAUUGUAUGCUUACUCAUACAUAUUUAAUCUUAAUUAGUAUUUUUUUUUGCCAUUUCAUUUUAUUUAUUGUAGGUUUUUUCUUCUGUUUUGUUUAAACUUCAACGUUUAAUUAGUUUAUACUAAAAAAAACUGAAAAGAGAAUGAAAAUGAUGAUCAUGUCACCGAAAUUAACUGACUCAUCAUCAAACAUUUAUUACUUCUUUGUUUUGUGUCGUGAAUUGUUUCUUCUUCUUUAAUUUGUUGUUUACUGUUCCUUUCGUUCUUUCGGUCUUUUUUUUUUUAGAUAAUCGCAUCGAAUAAUUUCUCAUUAUGAUCAACUGAAACGAUGAUUUAUAUUAUUAUUUUGUGUUUUUCGAACGUCAUUUCUACAAAUUGGAAUUGGCUGAUGAUUCAUUGUUUUAUCAUUGUUAUUUGAUUUGAUUAGUUUGGCAUUAAAGGAUAUUUCGAUAAAUUUACUGCUUUUGUUGUUGUUCUUGUAAAUGAGUUGCCUAUAUGUGUGUGUGUGUGGUGAUUGAAACUAAUUUUACGUGCAUUUUCCAUUUCUAUGAGUGAAUGUUAAAAUUUUUUCUGUUUACUUUUGAAGAUUUCACGAUUUUUUUCUUUAUUUUACGUUUUGUUUCAGCUUUAAAACAAUUUACACACAAUUUUUUGGGAAAUAUGCCAACUGAAACGCCAAACGAAUGGGGGGGAGAACGGAUUACAAUCAUUUCAUUUUUUUUCAUAUGUAUACAUAUAUAUAAAAACAACCCAAAUAAUUUGUUCAAAUUGUAAUUCAGUGUCUGAAUCUACAAAAAUUUAUUGUAUUUUUUUUAUUCACUUUUGUUUUUUUUU